AUGAUCAUCGGCUGUGGUCCAGCUGGGAUAGCAGCUGGAUUAGAACGUCAUAAGUAUCCAUCGAUUCCGAAGUUUCUAAUUCUCGAAGCUCGCAAUCGUGCACGUUGGCUUCAUCAUUAUCGUCCAGAAAAUCCUCUUUCUGUAUAUUAUACACCAUCCGAUGAAGAUCAAAUUCAUGAUCAUUUUCCGUAUGGUACAAAUAGCGCUUUUUUUGACAUUGAUGGAACACGAUUAUCUGAAAGUUUCAUUAUGGAAGGAAUAAAAAUAGCAGAAGACUUACGUGAAAAUUUUGGACAAGGUUCAACAGAUAAACACGAUGUUUCUAUUUAUGAUGGUAUUCGUGAUAAACAUGAACAAAUUCAAGAUCAACAAAUUCGUCGCUUUGUUGAUAUGUAUCUUGGUUUUAUUGAGCAAUUCGAAGCAUCGAAUCUUAAUGAAAUAUCAGCGAAAUCAUUUUCUGCCAAAGAACUUGAAGCUGAUAUAAAUGAUCUUGCUCUUCAUACUGGAUAUGGUUCUUUUCUUCAACAGGUUGUUGAAAGAAAUCCUCUACCUAUUCAAUUAAAUAGCAUUGUGACAAAUAUCGAUACUCCAAAUGACAAGAACGAACCUAUUCGUAUAACUACAAAAGAUAAUCGUCAUUAUCGAACGAAAUAUGUUCUGAUUACAAUUCCACUGGGUUGUUUAAAAGCAGAUACAAUUAAAUUUACUCCAUCACUACCCGAUUGGAAACAACAUGCUAUUGAUCAAAUGGGUUUUGGAUUAUGCAAUAAGAUAUUUAUGCAAUUUCCAUCAACGUUUUGGGACGAAAGCUUAGAUAACAUUUUUGUUGCUUCGAAUGAUUUUCGAUUUUUUCUUUGUAAUCCACACGAUCACAUGCUUACGUCACUUGUUUGUGGUAAUUUUGCGCGUAAAUUAGAACAACAAACAGAUGAAGAAAUCAUUGAACAAAUUGUUCAAUGUUUAAAACCCAUUUAUCCGCAGAUGCCCAAACCAAAAAACUGGUUAAUCACUCGAUGGGGAUCUGAUCAAUUUACAUAUGGAGCAUAUUCAAGUUUUAACGUUGGUGCUACAAAUGAAACUUUAAGAGCAUUAGCGACAGAAUGUUACGAUGAUCGAGUAUAUUGGGCAGGUGAGCAUACAAAUUAUGAUGGACGCAUUGGAUGUGUUGAUAGUUCUUUCGAAAGUAGUCAACGCCAAACUAAACGCAUUUGUAAUAAAUUGAAUUAA